AUGUCCUCAAAUGAUGAAAUACCACAAUUAUCCCCGGAGACGCUGACGGCUUUGCAGCAAUGGCAAGAGGAUCAAAGGCGCAAAAAAGAACUGAAUCUUUCGAAAGGAUUACAAAUUAUCGACGAGGAUUGGCAGGUGAUUUAACGAGUUUAAUUGUUUAUAGGUAUUUGUAGAAGCAGAGUUCAGAUUAGGCGCAGACUUGUUCUGCGCCAUUUGGGUUUAGGAUGAGUUGGAAAAAAAAAAUUAACGUUAGUUUUCAGCUGAGCCAGUUCUGGUACGACGAUAAAACGGCCAGAAGCUUAGUGGAAGAAGCUGUGGCGGCGGUCAGAGGCCAUCUCCCAGCGCGAAUAGCCUGUGUUUCUUCGCCCACGCUUGUAAAUUUCUUCCACGAAUCAGAGGUGGUCUCUCGACCUCGCAAUAAACAACCAACUUUUAAGGAAUACCGACAAGGCGCUAUUUCUGUCAACGUUUUCGAGUAUGACACACGGUUCGCCGCCAAGUUUCCGUCAGAAUUCGUUUUUUAUGAUUACAAGCAACCUUCUUCCUUAGCUCUAGAGCUACACGGUAUUUUUUAUGUUUUUAAAAGGAUGAACUUCUUUCUAACCGACGAAAUCAAACAUGAGUUCUCAGUUUUACUAUCAUUCUGAAACAAUUAUGCAGUCGUGUUAACAAGGGGGGUCUCGGCGCCUGUCCCCGUAUAAGAACAGCUGAUAGGACUUUCGGCAUUUUGAAGUUGGGUUUUGAAUUUUUGGAAGAAACAUGGCUGGGUCACUUAUUUUUUCGUGGUCCCGCUCUUUCCCCGUUUUAGCAUAACUGAGACUCAAAUAGCCUCAAAAAACACGGGUUCACCCCUUGAGAUGACUGGAGGGCUAAUAACAACACUAAUAUACUGCGUUUAAUUUCGCGAAGUUUAAAAUUAUUUCCAGCUAUUUUCCGUUGUGUCUUCCACUCUUGAACGGUUCUCUCGCAUUCUUUCAAUUUUUACCGCUGCAAUUAUUUUGAAAGUGGCGUAAUGAAAAGUCUAGAAAUUUCACUAUUGAAAGAAUGCGAGAAAGAAAAGAUAAGUUUGAAAAAUUGAUUUUAGGUCAUAAAUUUUUAUUUCAAUAAUGAUGAUAAUAAUAUUAAUUCUCUGGGCCAAGAAGGGAAUGAAUCGAGAGAAAAUUCGUCAAGACAGAAAAUAUAUAUGAGAAAUUAUGUUGAAGUGUCUACUUCAAAAAAACUAGAAGAUCUGAAAAAAAAUUGAAUAGAAGACAAUAAAAAAAGAUUGAAGAAGAACUGGUGAAUGGUAUUUGACUAUGUGGAGAAGCUGUGAGUAUUUUGUAGCGAAUAAUUCUUUUCCUGUUAGUUCCCUGGCGCAUUUAAAAGUGUCAUCGUAGGGCAGAAACGUUCAAAGUAUCGAGAUUUGACUUGGGAGCUCUGUGCAAAUUUGACCGUCUUAUUUAUCGUGAAAAUAGAUGUUGUUUUUUACAGGAAAGUUUGAUUUUAUUGUGGCUGAUCCGCCUUUCUUAGCGCCAGAGUGUUUGAUUAAAGUCUCACACACGAUACGAUUAUUAGGAAAGGAAGACGUCAAAAUUUUGCUUUGCACCGGCGCCGUAAUGGAAGAGAUGGUCAGUUGCAAAGUUUUUUCAAGAAAAAGCAAUCUGUGGCUUAAGGCUGACAGACUUCUUGGCCUCCAUCGCACUUCGUUCCAGCCUCGUCAUGCCAAAAACUUGGCCAACGAUUUUGCUUGUUUUUCUAAUUACAAAACGCAAAAAUUAUAACUUUAGAAGCGAUUUUCGGUUCAAUUUUUGUUGUUGUUGUUGUUUGGUUCAGCGAUUAAUAUCUACCGGUUAGACUGUAGUCUUGUUUUUUUAAAAUUUGUUUUUAAUAAACUUUUACUGCUAUAUUCUACCUCCUUUUCGUUUUGGCGUUUCAAACGCCUACUAUCUGGGAAAUCUAUCUGCAUGUUCAAACGUGUUUGGCCGUUCAGCAACGCCGCUUUUUCUGUUCGAUUCUUGUCAGUGGCACGCCACAUGUAACUCUCUUUCUUCGCUCUUCACGCUAAUUUUUUUUUCUUUCAAGGUCUGUUUUCUCUUCAGAUUUUUCCGGCAGGUGUGUUAUUUUUUCUUUCAUUUAUCUAAAAAAUGUCCAAUUUCCUGAGAUAUAACGAAAGAGUAUGGACGAGAGUAUGAGUGAUUUUUUUUAAAGAUUUCGUGCAAAAAACGCGUACAUUGAAUUCAUUUUUGAUGUGCAUAUUUGUUGACUGACCGUGUGGUUACCACGGUCAGUCAACAAAUAUGAUACGAAAACAGGAGCCAGGUUUCAUUUUUUGAUUGACCUUCGGAGAAAAUUAUUAUCAACCUGUGAGAAAGUAAUUCUUAUGAACAUAUCUUAAAAAAAUAUAUAUAGUUUUUUUGCUUUUUCUAUCAGACUUCUAAAAAAAUAAUCGAAAGAUUGGCAAAAGCAAAAAUAGUCUUUUUGUUUCAAUUAUGGGGAUGAGAUCUAUUCAAAACUAAAUUAUUGCAGUGUAUACCGUGUAUACAAAAAUUACGGCGGAUCGCGUCUAUGGCGCCGACGGGUCAGGGGAGCCAGUGGUCGGACGUCUUGUGUUGCAUCGUGUGCAACCUUGUACGUUUGCCUUGAAUAUCAGCAAGACAGUUUCGAUCGGAUCCUUGCAGGUGUUCGACCUAACUCGGCUACCGGUGAAUUUGGCAUGUGGUCAUGUUGUUUGUAAAAAGUGUACGAAAAGCUUGAAAAAUGGGAUUUGUCCGAUUGAUGAGGUGAGAUAUUAAUGUGCUUUUCAUAACAUUUGUCGUUUGAGACCAAGGCGUCGGUUAAUAUCGAGAGUUAUCCAUCAAACAUGCCACUGCUCUCAAUAUUAGAUAGGGUGAAAGGGUCCUUCAAUCAGCACAAUGGCGGUGAAAAGGUUCGCUUUGUUUUUUUCUGGAAAAUUUUCAGCCUCAGGGUCACCAAAAAACGGUCGAGGCCUGUUUGGUGGAGAUGGCGAAGAACUUCAAACGAGCAGAGUCCGAGCGCGGCGCUUCUGUCUACAGCCCUGUGAUUUUCCCUUCAUAUCAUUGAGUUUUUCCCGCAUGGAGGCGACGUUAUAUAACUCAUUACACUUCGGAAUUUGCAGUAGUUUCCAUUGAUAAAUCGGAUAAACAAGUAGCAGAGGUUAUGGAAAACUUGUAAAAUAAGGUGGUCCAGUAAUUUUCAAUUUCAAUUUUUGAGAAACUAAAAAACAAAUUUUUGGUAUGACCUUUGCCCGGAAUGUUUGAAUUCAUCUAUUGUUCGCUACGCAUUCAUUGCCUUGUUUCUUGCAGAAGUUGUCACGGACAAUGCAAAGGAAGUUGGUCUCUUUGCUGUGCUUCCAGUUAGCAGAAGAAGAAGGAAGGUCCAGGGCAGUAAAGGCUUGUCGAGCUAUGGGAGAGCGUAUAAUGUCUGAAGUAAGCUUCUCAGAUUCCGCUGGAAGUACUUUCACAACCAGUCCAGCUCUUUUAAACGAAGUUUUACUCUAGAUUUUAUUGCACACUUUCUGCGAAAACAGUCCAAACUUUUUUUUUAUCGAAUUGCAGAUCUUGCUGGGUAAUCAGAGCAGCUCGCAUGUGAGUAGCAACUUGUGGACAGCGGUCCGAGCGAGGGGAUGUCAGUUCUUGGGACCAGGCAAUUUUUAUCCGAACUUCCUUGUCUGAGCCUUUUCUUCAGCCAUGCAAGAAGACGUUCUCCGCUUGAUUCUGAUAACUCUUGAGAAUGGUGCCUUGAUAGCCAGGAAGACACUGGUAAUGUACGUCGUCACGACGUUGUCUGCCGAUUAUCCACAAGUACUGUUCUAUUCACUUUCAUUCGAUCCGCUUUCUUCCUUUUCGGUAUCGAAGACCUGUGUCGGUCAUGUUGUACAGCUUCUCUAUCGUGCUUCCUGUUUCAAUGUCCUCAAACGAGACGGCGAAUCCUCGUUGAUGCAGCUCAAGGAGGAGUUUCGCACGUAUUCGUCCUUGCGAAGGGAACACGACGCGCAAAUCGUACAGGUUCAGAGUCUUCUCAGUAUAUAGUUUUGCCAGUACCACAUCUGUUCAAGACGGGCGGCCGUAUUACGAUAGUUUAAAAACUUUUUUUUUUGUUAUAAAACAUAAAUUCCUGUACUUACCGAAAAGCGACUACUCUUGUCACCUGGAGAAAGGUUCUUAAAUAUUUGCAAAAAAAGUAGAAAUUUAAAAAAUUCUGAAUCCGAAACAGACGCCUUAAUAUCGCCUAGCCGCUUUAGCGCGGUUAGUUAAUUAGAACAUGCAUUUGAAAUGUAAAAAUUUAAAAUAUGAGAAUUGUUUUCCAAACAAGUUUUAAAUCUCUUGACAAGUUCAUUAGCAGCAAGAAAAAAUAAAAGAGAACUUUAAUUUUAAUCAUUCCAAACUAAUGUUCGUUCCAUCGAACUUUGCAACGAUGCUUCUCGAAAGCUCACUUCCAUUACCGUACUUGCAGAUGGCGCUGGAGGCCGGUCUUCGUAUCAGUCCAGACCAAUGGUCGGCCUUGCUUUAUGCAGAUCAAUCACAUAGAUCUCACAUGCAGUCCAUAAUCGGUAGAAAAAGAAUAAAUGUGCGAUUAUAUGUGCUGUUUCCAGACAAGUUACAGUCUCCAAACUCUUAUUCUCAAGCUUUAGAGGAAUUGAGCGCUUUGGGCACCUCACGAUCUCAAAUAGUAGAAAUGGUACCACACUUGAAAAAGUUUCAGGACAUCCACCCCACUCACCAUGGUUCUUUUAAUUUUUUUUUUCUGAAAAAAAAUAAAAGAUCAUUUAGAAAAGGUAACUUGGCAACGACUAGCUGAAUUGUUAAGUUCCAUGAAAACUUUGAUCAAUCUUCACAUUUCACUGGAUGACAAAAAGUUUUUUUUGCGGAUCUCUAAUUUUAUCGACUUGCUUUCCAUUCAGAAAAGAUGAUCGCCAACGAGACCAAACGCAACGUCGAGUGGUCACAGAAAAGACUCCAUCUCGAUUCAAAACCAAGAUGUGCAGGUUUCUGAAGUGCCGAGUGGGUUUUCCAGAAUGCAGUUACAGUAACAUCGAACUGGAUGGUCGUUGCUCUCGCGGCACUCGAUGUACAUACGCACACACGCCGGAUGAGAUUCGCGACUACAGAGUGAUACAGUAUUCCCAAGUGCCGCGUCCCACCGAAAUCCUUGGCUUCCCUUUUCCGCCACCUAUGCAUAUGCAAAUGAUACGGGUUUGUAAUGACCUUUUCUAUUAAUUUUCUUUGCUAUUAAUUCAAUGGAGAAUGGGCGGCGCGUCGCAGCGCAACAUGUUGUGUGCCUGUCUACGGCCCACAGGGUCACAAGCUUGAUCCGCGCUUCGACCCAACCAAUGUGUUCAAGAAAUGUUGGUAGUGGGAACCCACGACUUCAAAAUCCCUAGCCGUCACACACAAGGACGGAUAUGUCACUCGAGCCACACUGAUAUCAGGAUAGGACCUCGGCUAAUCUACUUGGGGCUCCGACGCAAACGGUACAAAGGCGUAGGAAGAAGAAGAAGAAGAAGAAGAUUAAUUCAAUGGAGAGCUUUUUCGAAACAAAAUAAGAGUAUCCCAUCUCCUACCCUUAUAGAACGUUAGGACUUUUCACAUUGUUAUUUACCUUUUCGAGUAAUUUCCCAUCAUAGAUGAUUUUUCAGAUAUCGCUUUAAUAGCCACACUCAAGUUGACAUUUGGCUCGAUACUUCCGAUAGGCUCAAAAGAACUCUUUGUGUUGAAGCUGCAACUAAACUAGUUCAAAAAGAAAAAAAGCUUUUCUGCAAUGAUCUUAAAAUCUAAUGAUUGUUGAAGUAUCAUCCAGCUGACAAUGGUUACGUGCCGUAGAAGCUUGUGAGGUCCAAAAAGGGUUAAAAAAGAAUAAUUUUGUGUCGAAAAUAUUUGGUUUGGAAAGUUGAAGUAGAAAUCCUGAUUCUAAGUAACAAACUGUUUACAGCGAGGAAGAGGACUUCCGCCUAAUAUGGGCUCAGGUCUGGUCUACAACCACGGGAAUCCUUCGUCUCCUCCAAUGAACAUGAGCCGAAUAAUACCUAGGUCGAUGGGUCGGACGCCAGUUGCCGGCCGAGGCGUCCCACCGCCUCCACCGCCCAUGCUCAUAUCUUUUCCGACAGGUUUGGUUUCUGGUUUUAAAAAAAAACGUGGAACCCUCCCUAGUUUAGAUGGAAGCAUGGUGGUGCCUCCGAACCAGCCGCCGCCAGGACCUCCGCCGCAGAUGCAGAUGAUGCCGGUUAUCAUGCAGUCGCCGACGCAUAUGUCCUCUGCCCCAGUCGUUAUGGUGUGAACUUCUUUAUGUCCUACAAAGAGAUCCUCAGCUGCAGAUGCCAGGAAUGCCGAACCAACCGCCACCCCCAGUUAUGAUCACCAGUGUCCCUCCUCCGCAGCCGCAAGGUCCGCCGCCUCAAGUUCUGCCUCAGUCACACGGUCAAGCCGUUUGGCCCUCUCCAACGGCUGGAGUUCCUCCUCCAAUGCUCAUUCCGGCCGCGUCUCCGCCACAUCAUCCACAACAACAAUUCUGGAUACAAAAGUUAGAAAUCUUCCAAAGGAUUUCUGCAAAGUAGUCGCCGUAGAAGCACUGAAAAUGUUUUUGAAAAAAAAAUAGCCGUAGAGUCAGAGAAGAAAGAAAGUUAGAUUGUAUUGUAUUCAGAAAUAUACUAUCAGUUUUUGAAAAAAGCAUUCCAAGUUUUUUUUUUUCCCGAGUAUCCGGCAAGUCGAUGAGACUGCGGCUAUGCUCAAUGUGUACUUUUUCAGCUCGCAAGGCUCUUUGUUUCCGAUUGAUUCUUUCGAAGGCAACGGCCUCAUCUGGGGGCCUAGCCUCAACGGAAUGCGCGACAGUGGUCAAGAUGCAGAGCAGCUGUUGCUCAAGAGAAACGAAAUUUUGAAGUGAGUUUUGAAAAGCGAUGAAUUUUAUUCCGCUCAGCCUUCCUUUGAGAAAGAUUUUUCAGCCGUUUGACGAUAGAUGAGGACGACAACUGUGAAGACGGAAUCGGCCAUGUCUCGUACACAGUCGCUUCUUCAGUGUUGGAUGAUUCUCGGUAGAAUCGCUAGAAAUGUAGAGGGAGCUUGAAUGGGAGUUUAGAGUGGAUAUUCACCACCCGAUAGCACUGGUCAGUCUCAAGACCGGACAGACGAUCGAAUUGCCGGCCAUUCCCGUCACCUUUUCUACAGUUCCCACCGAGGAAACCAUGUAUGUUAUAUUUUAAAAGAUCAAAGUUUUCAUUUUAAAAAAUGUGGAAUCAUUCUUCUUAUUUCUGGUAGGAUAUUUUCGUUAGGCUUGCAGAAGUACCAUACGUUGGCUGGAUCCCACCCCGGGGUGCGGCCUAUCCCCCUCUAACUGCGGCCAGUAUAUUUGGCUUAGUAUAUUUUCAAAUUUUUUUUCGUGCGCAAAAAGAUGGGCUGGGAUUCAGCCGAUGUAUGAGAAGUAGUAAUGAUAAUUAUGCGAAGCUGUUUAGCAAAAAAGUUCUCACUUAAAAAGAAAAAAGAAAAUUUUUUUCUUUAGUAGAAGCCAAUUUCUCGCCGAUCAAAAAGUUACAACACACAAUAGUCACUUGACAAUCUAAAAACAAUUCAUUUACGUGAGUCGUAAUUCGUAUUGCAAAUCGCACAAAAUAAAAGAUGAGAAAAGUUUCUCUGAAAUCAGGAAUUUUCCGUUAUAAAACUUUAACGUUUUCGAUCGCUUGUGAAGAUGAAGCUUUCUUUGAAUUUCUUAAUUUGAAAUUCCUUUUAUCAUUUUUAAAAAUUAUCUUCGAUUUUCGCUAUUUACUUGGUGACUGAAAAAACUUUUUCCUCGUUUGUACUGCUCCGAGAAACUAUGUGGUAUCCUAGUCGAAAAAAGUGAUGGACAAGUUUUUGAGGAAUAUCAUCGGAGACCUGGUGCAGAACCGGCCUCGCGCGCCGAGUCUGCCGCACGUACAGACUUCGGCGGUGCUCACCGGCUGCCCCAAAGCUCUUCUUGUUGAUGCGAACACUUCGGCGACGGUGCAGGCCGACUGCUCCACGAUGAGUGUGAUGGAAAGUAUCAGCCAGCCGAUCGCGGCGCCUUCCAUCCAGAAGUCGAUGGGUAGUCGCGGUGGUUGAUGGAGACGAGAUAUAUGGGUUUGAGGGGCUCCAUCUUCUGCGGCCGGCCCAACCGCCGUUCUCGUCGACGGGAGUACGGGUCUUCUGACGCCCGUCAUGCGGCCUGUCCUUGUCGCUCAUCCGCAGGACCUCGUUUCCAACAGUCUCGACAAGAUUAUCGAUGUCAAGGAGCGCAUUAGCGAAGCACAGGGUAAGUUUUUUUUUAUAUACCACCAUCCAAUCACUCUGUUAGUUGAUCACGAUAUACAAAAAAAAAGUUGAGAAAGACAAAUAUUUUUGUAUUUCCGCGUAAAAAAUACACUUUUCGGUGGUCUCUCUCAUUUUGAUUCUUCCAACUAAAACAUAGUCUCGGGGCUCCCGCUACAAGAUCCGCUAUAUUUUGAACUCAUCAAGGCGCAAUUUGAUGGAAUACGCACAGAAUAACAAGGCGAAGAACUGUGAAACCAUGCUUUCAACUUGAUCAACUAAACGUAGGACUAAAACGAUUAAAAGAUUGCUCAUGUGCAUGAGAUUCUAAUAUCAUGAAAAUGGAAAUUAAAAAAAGUGUAUAGCUGGUGAACGACUGCCUUGAGUCAUCGAAGAAAAUGGGUCUUGACAUGAUUUUAAAAAAAUGAUAAUUUCGUUAGUUUCCGAGCCUCGAAUCGGCUAUAACUUUCCCAAAACAAAAAAUCUCUUGCACAAGUACGUUACAACGAACGCAACUGCGCGGUUGAAGGCCACGAUCAGAUCUGCCGACGAAGGAUUUGAAGCAGUUGGCCCGGGGCGUUCUGUAACGCGCAAGGUUGGAAAUGAUUGACAAAUUAGCUGGUGAAAAAAAUCGGGAAAAUUGGUUCUUUUGACAAAGUGAUCGCUUCGGGGGUCGGGUAGCCCCGUCUGAUCUGCGGCUUUGGCCACGCCUCUUCGGCGCUUGUUCAGUCCCAGGAAAAGCGUGAUUAUUAAUCAUUUUGGCAACCAGCAAAGUAUAGCCGAUAAAUAUCCGACAAACUCACUUUCGUAAACUUCUUUUUUCUCUUCUCAAAAAUGAUGGCAUCAUGUCCAUCUCAACUUUACAGGGUGGCUCAAAAUUACCCGCACAAGCUAUAAAUUCUGUAUAAGAAAAAGUAAAAGUCAGAAAUCCAUGGUAAUCAACAAAAAGUUUAUUCAUGAUCAUAACAACAAUUAUAAGCUAAUCCUGUUCCAUUUGACUUCCUCUCUUUGCGAUGACAGCACGAAGACGCCGAGGGUACGCGACGAUGGUUGCACGCAGGUAAUCUGGCGACAAAGUGUCUCAUUCCUAGACCAGGGUCUUGUUCAGGGCCUCGAUACUUAAGGGGGGUUUGCCGUUGACCUUGUUCUGCAAAACCCCAGAAGGAGUAGUCCAAAGGUUUGAGGUCUGGUGAAAACGGUGGCCGUUAGUCCUUCGGGAUGAACGCAGGCAAAUGGGUCUCGGACCACUGUUGCGAAAACUUGGCUGUGUGUGCUGGAGCACCGUCUUCUUGGAGCAUCCAUUGACGUCUAUUGUAGUGCUUCUGAGUCCAGGGAAGAAGUUUAUUUCCCAAAAUCUCCGAAAUGUAGACUUUUUUGCUGGUUUUGACUCCUUGAUCGACAAAUACCAAUGGUGUUUUGCCAUCAGCAGACACUGCUCCGAAAACCAUCACAAUAGCGGGGUGAGAGGCUUGAUGAAUGGUCCAUCCGUUGCCAAAAGCUUCAUCAGACGUCUUAGCAAGUACUCGAUGAUUUUGAGGGUUGAAUUCGGCCUGUACCGUGAACAGCUUCUCGUCAGAGAACAAUGUAACCAAGUGUUCACCAGUGCGCGUGCGCUGAAGGAGCUCUCUUGAUAUUUCGAGCCGUUUCUUGGUUGUAGCUUUCGAGAGAAUGGCUGCUUUUCUUACCUAAUACACUGCGUUCAAUAAGGAUAGGACCCCCCUCGAUUUUGGACUUUCUGGCAAAAUACGGAAAGAUAUCAAAAAUCUGGAAGUGCCAUUCGAUUCAGAGUACAAAAUAACCCCCAGAGCCAAACUUUCAUUAAGCACUUUUCCUACGAAAAUGCAAUCGAAAAAACGGUUUUUCGACCGUUCAAUAAGGAUAGGACCACCUGGAAAUUUUGACUUUCAUUGGUAGUUUUUGGUCAAAUUCUCUUUUUGAUAAGUAGUUUUUUUGUUCUCAUAUUAUUUGUUUUCAAUUUUUCUUCGGUUUUCCUUUUAUAUCUUCCAGGUUUAAAAAAAUGUUUUAUAUCGAAAAAUAGGGAAAAAAAUGACGUUUUUUUGAGUUUGCAUCAAAAAUAUUUGAGCGAGUGAUUUUUUUCCAGUACUUUGAAUGAACUUAUCUUAUUAAUAGAGACAUUUUAACAAUCAAAAAAACAAAAAGAAGUUUGAAAAACAUUAGUUUAAAAGUUAGAAAACCAGCUACAAGAUGGUGUAUCAUGACCGAAUUUCAGACUGUCGUCGUUUUCGACCGUUUUUCUUUCUGUAUGUAGUCGGAAUGGCUGUGUACUUUUUUUCCGAAAAUUCGCGAAAGUGCUAUGAACAUAAUUCAUCAACAAGAUAAUCUAAAAAAAUUUCAUUUACUACGUACAAUGCCGAGAAAAAUGUGGAGAAAAAAAUUGGUACCCGCGCUCAUCGAAGGUAUUGUUUCAAAUAGAGCGUUUGGCGGAUUUUCAGUUUGUCAACUAAAUAAAACAAAAAUGAAAACGUGCAAUAAAAACAAUUUUUCAUUAGAAUUAAAACUUUUUAUAUAAUUUAUUUACAUGUACCGCAAAAAAGUUCGAGUAGCAGUCGGAAUGGUAUUUUUUCCUUUGAUUCCCGAGGAUCGCCAAUUUUUAUCCAAUCCAACUAAAUGUCUUUUUGUGAUGGGAGCACCUUCACAAAUCCUUUAGAGUACACAGCCAUUCCGACUACAUACAGAAAGAAAAAAACGGUCGAAAAACGACGACAGUCUGAAAUUCGGUCAUGAUACACCAUCUUGUAGCUGGUUUUUCUAACUUUUAAAAAUAAUGUUUUUUUCAAACUUCUUUUUGUUUUUUUGAAUGUGAAAAUGUCUCUAUUAAUAAGAUAAGUUCAUUCAAAGUACUGGAAAAAAAUCACUCGCUCAAAUAUUUUUGAUGCAAACUCAAAAAAACGUCAUUUUUUUCCCUAUUUUCGAUAUAAAAUAUUUUUUAAACCUGGAAGAUAUGAAAGGAAAACCAUAGAAAAAUUGAAAACAAAUAAUAUGAGAACAAAAAAACUACUUAUCAAAAAGAGAAUUUGACCAAAAACUACCAAUGAAAGUCAAAAUUUCCAGGUGGUCCUAUCCUUAUUGAACGGUCGAAAAACCGUUUUUUCGAUGGCAUUUUCGUAGGAAAAGUGCUAGGAUAAUGAAAGUUUGGCUCUGGGGGUUAUUUUGUACUCUGAAUCGAAUGGCACUUCCAGAUUUUUGAUAUCUUUCCGUAUUUUGCCAGAAAGUCCAAAAUCGAGGGGGGUCCUAUCCUUAUUGAACGCAGUGUAACAGGUGAGCUUCAGCUUGUCUUUGAGGAUCCUUUCCAUCGAACUUCGACUAAUUUUCAUAUCUUUCGCAAUCUUUCUGAUGCUCCGAAGUGGAUUUCUUCUGGUUCUCUCUUUCUCAGCUUUGAUCCGAUCUGGAGUGACGACUGUUGCUUUUCUUCCUCUCCCACAUCUAUCCAAGAACGUGCUGAGCUUUUUGAAAGGAAAUUCAAGUCAUAGACAGUUCUACUUGGGACUGCGAGCCGUUUAAUGAUGUCAACCGGAGCGACUCCUUCUUUGAAAAGGUGCAGAAUGUAAGAGCGAUGUGGAUUCGGUGGUGCCAUAUACCAAAAACAAAACCGAUCGAUCUGAAUUUUGGCAAAAUGGUGAAAAACAUACAAUUAAUCAAAAUUUUAUGUAUUACGAGCACCAGAAUUGCGUUUUCGCCUUGCUGUAUGGCGUCAAACUUUUGUGCGGGUAAUUUUGAGCCACCCUGUGUAUGAAGAGCUGAAAAUCACAAAACCAUUUCAUCAUGACUUUGUCACUCAGAGAAAAUAGUUCAAUGGGUUUUCUUUUCUUUUCAAGUUUUAAUGCGUUUCAUCAAAUUGAGUUUAGUAUUGAGGUUGCUUUUUUUUAAUUGAAAGCUGAUUAAAAACUUUAUUCUUUUUUCGAAACGUUUUUAAAAGAAAUUUGCAUACAUUCAUUUUUUCCUCGAAUGAAAUAAUUUUUGAAUUCAUAUUACUCACAGUUUUUUUCAAGUCUUGAAGGAAGAACACACAAUUAUCAGAACUGUAAAAACAAAAAGACAGUGAAAAAUAUUUAAAAAUAGGUGAUUGAAAUUUUAGGGCCUUUUUUUCUUAAAUAGAAUAAACGAUAGUUAUUUUUAUUCGGUCUCGUUGUUUGGUACAAUAAUUCGUAUAAGAAAAAGAAACCCAAAUGGCGCAGAACAAGUCUGCGCCUAAUGAAUGAAAAUUUAACCAUUUUUCGACCGGUUGGGUUAAACAUCGGUUUAGAAAUAUAGCUGAUUCACGGCUGGCUUGAGCCAUUGAAAAAUGGGUCCUGAGACGAUUAUGCACGAGACAGUGCCUGGCUCGUGGAGAGCGCAGACAAGACACGCCCUCUUAGCGUCCCAAGCUGGCCGUGAAUCAGCUAUACAUUGGAAAAAUGUUAAUGUAAUAUAUGUUUGACGUAAUGCCAAAAACGUCGUGAAAUUCAGCGGGUUCGGCGCCAGAAGCUGUGAGCGAGCACUUACGGAUGGAGCUGCGGAUGGCGGAGAGCGAGAUGGCAUUCCUCGACCCGUUCACCAAGAACAAUUGCCUGCUCCGCGAGCUGCAGCAGGUGGACCGCGAGCUCCAGCAACUUCAGAUUGAGCCCACACGAGCUCAAUAG